AUGAGCGCAGACCCAGGCCGGGACCGACGGAAUGAGAGAAACAAAUUCAGAAGACGUAGAGGUGUCCUUAUGAAGAAAGCUUUUCAACUAAAUGAUUUAUGCGGCGCCCGAGUCUGCGUGGUUGUUGAGAAGGACGGUCGCUACUACACUUUCCGAUCAACUCAGGAUGAGUCCUGGCCGCCAAAUAUAAAGGAAAUUCAAAAGAGCUACCCAUUGCCAAAAAUGCUAUAUCCAGAACACCUUAGGAGGAACCAUUCCAUUGUGGCCGACGCCGACACCGCUGACACCGACACUGCCGACACCGCCGAUGCCGAUGCUGCCAACGCCGCCGACAUCGACACACCAGUACCAGGUGAAGCGAGCACCAGUUUUGUCUUCACCCCCCCGGUCCUAACAGAAUCCCCGGAAUUUACAGCGCGCUUUGCACCUCGAACUUGA